AUGGAUGGAGCAAACAAUUCUGUGGUGUCAGAAUUUGUCUUCCUGGGACUCACCAAUUCCUGGGAGAUCCAACUACUUAUCUUUGUGUUGUCAUCCAUGUUUUAUGUAGCUAGCAUGAUGGGAAACUCCCUUAUCAUGAUCACUGUGACUUCUGACUCUCAUUUACACUCUCCUAUGUACUUCCUGUUAGCUAAUCUCUCCUUCAUUGACCUGGGAGUUUCUUCUGUCACUUCUCCUAAAAUGAUUUAUGACCUUUUCAGAAAGCAUAAAGUCAUCUCCUUUAGAGGCUGCAUUACUCAAAUAUUCUUCAUCCACGUCAUUGGGGCUGUGGAGAUGGUGCUGCUCAUAGCCAUGGCCUUUGACAGAUAUGUUGCCAUAUGUAAACCUCUCCAUUAUCUGACCAUCAUGAGUCCAAGAAUGUGCAUCUUCUUUUUAGUGACUGCCUGGAUAAUAGGCCUUAUCCAUUCCCUGGUACAACUGGCCUUUGUGGUAAACUUGCCUUUCUGUGGUCCUAAUGUUUUGGACAGUUUUUACUGUGACCUUCCUCGAUUCAUCAAACUUGCCUGCACAGACACCUACCGACUCGAGUUUAUGGUCACAGCAAACAGUGGGUUUAUUUCACUGGGAUCAUUCUGCAUAUUGAUAAUCUCCUACAUUUUUAUCCUAAUCACUGUUCAGAAACACUCAUCAGGUGGCUCAUCUAAGGCUUUCUCUACUUUGUCAACUCAUAUCAUGGUGGUGGUCUUGUUCUUUGGUCCUUGCAUCUUUGUUUAUACCUGGCCUCACCCCACUUCACAUCUAGACAAAUUUCUUGCUCUUUUUGAUGCAGUUCUCACUCCUUUCUUAAAUUCAGUCAUCUAUACAUUCAGGAACAAAGACAUGAAAGUGGCAAUGAAGAAAGUGUGCAGCCAACUUAUUACUUAUAGAAGGAUUUCUUAA